AUGAAUGAGCAUAAUCGGAUUAGAUAUAUAAGGUUUAAUCAAGUCUUUGAAAAGGCAUUUAGCCAAUCGGUAUCAAAAUUACAAAGCUGGGAUAAGUUAAGUUCCUGUUUUCCUGAAUAUUCAAUGGAGGAUGAGGGUGCAAGUAAUUUAGAGAAUUGCCAAAAACAAGUGAUACAGUUUUGGACUGAGCUUUGUAAACGUGAAUUUAAUGAAAUACUUAAAGAAAAGAAUGUUAAAGAGAAACUUGAUUCACUAGAUGAUUUGAUAGCAGAAGCAAAAGUUCGAGUGGCAGCUGAAAAGGGAAACCCAACAAAAAGUGACGCUAAUAUUAUUUUAGAUGAACUAGAUGCCAAACAACUUCUAGAACUAAAUUUGCAUACACAACGAGUAAAAACUAUUAAAGAUCUGGAUAUUAGAUUAGACAGACUAAAUAACAUAAAUACGUCUAUUUCUGAUAAUAUAUUAUCUUUAGAGAAGCAAAUUGAAACCGAAAGAGAGGAAUUAGAUCAAAUUUAUAAAAAAUAUCUGGGUGACUCCAUAAACAAGGAGAAGGAUGAAGUUCUAGUUCAAGGUUUGCAUGAUAUGGUAUUAGAACUCCAAGAACUUUAA